AUGACGAGACUAACAUCGCAAACAGCAGAGAAAGAAUUUCAUUUUCAUAAGAGUCGGGGAAGGCAAGGACAGUUCUCACUCGCGUAUAUCUCGUGUGCCAAGGAAAUAAGAGCCGAUAUCGAAGUCUACUUCUGUUUCUUAAUCACCUUUCCAUUUGUUACGAAAUUAGAUAUUCAUCCCGCCUGCCAAAAUAUGUGGGACAAAGCAGGAAAUAACUUGGUGGUUCCUCACGAAUUAAAAGUUGAUGCGGUGAACAACGCAAAUCCGUUGUUUAAGGUGCUUUCAGCGGGAACUGGAAAAGUCAUGUCUCCUGAAUUUCAACGAUUCAAAGACUUGAUGGGCGAUUACCAAGUUGCAUAUCCUCCUCCCACUCAGCAACAUAUAAAUGACUUCAUAACUGAGGUAACCAAAACAGGCGGACCUAUGCAGGCGGCAUUCAAUUAUUUAUUAACUCAGCCGGGAUCAUUGCCUACAGGCGUGACAACCCUAAAACAGUUUGAAGAUGUUUUGAAAAAUUUAUGGUUCCGAAACAGCAAUGGAUUCAAACAUGUAUUCGUUGGCGAUUUAAACGUCAAAGCGAAAACUUUCUCUGGAUUUCACAACUGGUACCAGUUCUUGCUUGAACAAGACAGAAACCCAACUCAGACGACCAAUAUCGCCUUCAACCAUCCGCGACCUUUCGUGGGCAAUAAACUGCCAUAUUUUCUGCGUAAACUAAAAUUUACAUGGAGAGGGGCGGACAAAGUACCACAGGGCAGCACCAGCAGCAUGUUCGUCGGAACCAGCCCAGCAUUUGAUUUGGCCAUGUUUACUACUUGUGUAUUGAAGGGACGUGUGGCAGGAGGGGGAAGAACAGACUGUGAGUGUGAAAUUCAAGUCCCAGGGUUAGGGAGGAGCACUGUAGAAUUUAGGACCGUCGAGAAAUCACAUGGAAAGGUCGUCACAGCCUAUCCAAUAAAUGUAUACUGA